CACACCGAUACUCACUCACUGACAACACAGUACGCCGCUAAUAGAGCAUAUGAGUAUUGGCAGUCAUUUCUAGCUGAGCAGUGAAGAUCAGUGGACGUGACGGUAUUUACGCCUUACUACGCUGCAUAAGAAAUAUAUGUACAUACGAGUAUAUGUAUAGAGUUUUCACAGUGUGAAAUUGAUUUUUGAAAUGCAAUUUAAAUUAAAUGAGUUUCUGUUGCUCAUCUUUGCUACAGUACGUCUUUCCACCGGCACAAUACGGCCUAGUGAUGCCUUGUCGAUAAUGGGCGGUGAGGGUUUCACAGCCUAUCUGGAGUUACCAAAGUCUUUUGGUUCGAUCGAGAAUUGCUGGUUGAAAUUCGAAGCUGAGGAGAAAAUUAAAGUCGAUUUGAGCACCGUUGAAGCGAUCGUCACAGCGCGUGAUGAGGAGGUACUACCAUUCAGUGGCAACAUAUGCGGUAUACGUGUGCGCAAUGUAUCCUCCGCUUCGGCGGGCAUAUGGCAGUUGGAAGCUGAGAACCCUUACGGCGAUUACGAACGAGGUGAAUUGAAACUAACCAUACUGGGAAUGCACAAGAAACACGUAAAUACCAGCGUCCAAUUGGCUAUAGGCGAUGGUACUAUCUCGUGUAGUUUGCCCGAUUUGGCAGUGAAGCAAUGCAAAAUUAUCGAUCAUAAGAAAAAUGAGGUGUGGAAUUCAUGCAGCAUUUAUACACAUGUGAGGCCGAAUCGGACAUUCGAUUGUUAUACUAGAAAUUGGGGACGAAUGACGCAGAGUCAUGAGCGUAUAAUUGUCGAGGUGAAGAAUAGCAGUUUGUACACUACGGCCAGUGUGACGGAGACGGAUGAGAGCUUUGUGUUGCGCUGCCAGUUUGGUGGUGAGCUACAUGGCUGCCAAGCGGAAGCACCCGGACGUGAAAGUGAGCUGUAUAUUAUGGAGGGAUUGUAUAAUGGACGUUACUCGGCCUAUGAUACGUUGUAUACGAAACAGCGCUGUGCUUUGGAAAUACCGAAACCCUUGGCAGAAUCAGAGUCGGGCUUAUGGCGUAUUUACAAUACAGAAGUAGCUCCGCCCACGGGUUGUCUUUUCUACAUCGGCAAGCCAAAAGAAGUCAUAAUGGCUGAGGAACUGCAAACGGUCAAAGAGAUUAAAAAAAUCAGUGUUUACGAUACAGACAAAGGCAUCGACCUUUUUACAUGUGAGGUGCCCUUCAUUAUAGACGAUUGUUAUUUGCGUGAUCCGAAUAAUACAGUUUACUUUCCGGAUGCCAUACGGUUUGAGCGCACGCGUACUUAUGGACAAUGCCACUUCAGCAAUAUGCCGGUAAUGGCUGGCAGUUGGAUUUGUGGUGCACGCGGACAUGACUAUGCCAAGGAAGUUUUGCAGAUUUUUGAGGUGAUAGUCAAACCAAAGGUCGGUGAAGUGAUCACCGAAUCGCUUAAAUUGAGACGUGGUAAGACGGCAGAGUUAAUGUGCCAGAGCGCUUUUGAAGAACCGCUCACACACUGUGCAUUCAUUGAUCCACUUGGACGUGUACACUUGGUGGGUACAGCGCACAGCAUCAAAACUGCGGGGCAUGUGAGAUACUUCGGACGUGGCUUGCUGUGGGGCGAUUGUGGGGUGCAAAUAAAGGAAACGUUCGCCGAGGAUUACGGUACAUGGAAAUGCCAAUUUGUCACUUAUGCGGACAAACGUAUAUCGAUUUUUACACUGCGACUACGUGAAUCCGUUAUUCCUGGCGCAUCUAUCGGUCUUGGCGUUGGCAUAACUAUUAUUCUGGUCCUACUCCUUGGUCUUCUUUUGGCCACUGUGAUAUAUCGACGCCGAAAUCGCACAGCACAACAUAACUUCAGCACAAAUGAUGGAUUUGAGGGCACUUCGAGUAACUCGGUAGCAAUGACAUCUCUUGGAACAUUUGAUCAGCCAAACAUCGAGAGAUUGUAGGGAAAACAAGCCUUGACAUUAGAGACCUUCUAUUUUAAGUUCUAAGUGUUGUUGUGUAAUUCAUAAUGUGUUCGAAACUAUUAUAAAUAUUAUAUCAUAUUAGUUAUAAUAUAGGAGAGUUAAGUGAAAAAAGUCAAGCGUCUCUUUUAAAGAUUGGGAUUACUCUUAUCUAGGCUUACGCUCUAAGUAACUCGACUUAUCUAGAUAUCAUAAUGGGCGUGAAAAAGUCGACUGAUGUGCAAUUUUAUGUAUAAAAAACCAUUUG